UUACUGCAGCUGAACCGCUGAACAGCCAUUGGAUCACGCUCGGGUCACUCAAAGGGGUGGGCAACUUGACUCGCUGCAAAACUUCUCUUUCCAGACACUUUAAAUGUGGUGGAAGUGCGUUUCAAGGCUUGUGAUCUCGCAUUAUUUAAGUUGACUCUUAACGGGUGAUAUCGUUCUUUGUAGGGUAACAACCUGACGGCGCGGGUUUUCUUUAGUUUUUUUUUAAUUCAAAAUGACUUCAUACCUGUGGAUUUUACUUCUGGCAAGUCUUGUGGCAACAAAAGCGCAAGACUUGGACCUCGCUGAUGCCUUUGAUUUUGAUGUUGACAAACCCACUGCAAAACCACCAGUGAAACCUGCCCCACCCAAAAACUCAAAUCCAGAUGGGUUUGAUCUAUCAGAUGCAUUUGAUUUAGAUGACCCCAAGAAACCAGCUGUGAAUCACCCUAAAUCAGAAGAUCCAAAGAAACCAACUGGAGAUGGCUUUGAUUUAUCUGAUGCAUUGGGCCCAGAUACUGAACCCAAAAAACCUGUAGUGAAGCCACAUAAAGAGGGUGGGACUGGUACAGGUGGUGGUACUUUUGAUGACAAAGACCUGCUUGAUGUGGGUGAUGGUGAUGAUGGCUAUAAGCCAGAUGGAGGCAAAAGUGGAGGGCGAGGUGCUGACCCUGGACAUGAAGGUGGUGCUUCUGACCAACCUCAAGGCGGGGCGCUAGCUGGCAUCAUCAGCUCUGUGGGUGUUGCUCUUCUUGGUGCAGCUUCAGGUUACAUUGCGUAUCAGAAAAAGAAACUUUGUUUCAAAAUACAAGGAGGGCAAGACCCAGAGAGUGGCAAAACCCAGCGUGGUGGCACCUCUGAUAAUCAGGUUUUUAGCAACCUGCUCCGUUCAUCCUAAUUGGUGCCCAGUCUGCCAAAUGGAACAAAUAUAUGCACCUUCAGCAUGUACAACUAUGGAGAGCCUAACCCUAUGGGAAAACAACAGUUAUGUCAGAUGCUGAUUAACUUUAAUGCGUUCACAAUCCUUGUGUUUGUGUGAGUGUGUUUAUUGUUUAACUGAUCUUUUUGUUUAAGAAUGUAUUUUUCUGUCUUCAAAAUAUUUUUUUGUGUAUUUAGAUCGUUUUAUUUUUUUCGAAAACAAAUUAUUGUGUCUUUGGAGGACAUGGAGGAAUAAGUCACUUUUAGUAUUCUUCAACUAGUGCAAAUGUAAAAUACAAAACUUUGUGUUUAGGAAAUUGUUACUGUUUUAGAGAUUAGACUGACUUGCUAUUUUGAACCGCAAACUGACUUUCAUACAACUUCCAUUCAUUGACUACAUCAGUUUUUGUUUUUCAUUAGACAUUUGCACAAAAAUGAUUUUUUGCAGCACAUCUUUUAGAAUAGAUAUGUUACUCUGCAUAAUCUGUAUUAGUUUGUAAACUUUACUAAAAAGUUCCUAAAAGACUGGAGAUGGUGUUGAUAAUCACGGGUAAGAAUCUGAUUUUGUUUUAAGAAAAAGCUCACUAAAUUAAAUAACAUGGUAAAAGUAAGGGCUGUUAGCCUGCUACCUAGCAUGCAUCAUGCAUCAUUUUAACUUAUUUAAAUUAGAAUGGUUUUAAAUAAAAUACCCAUCGUUUGUUAUUGUAAAUACAAAUGAAAUAAGAUUUGAUCAUUUCAGGAUGUUUUAUAGGCUGCCUUACGCACAAGUCAAUCUGUAUUUGAUGUAGCUGUCUUAUCAACUUCCCUUCUACAACUGGCUAACUUAAACCCAUAACCACAGACAUUCAACGCUUUUGUGUCUUUUGUUGAUUAGUUAAUAGUUUUGUUUGAAUUGGCUUUGUUUCUCCUCAAAUUAAAGCCAUUGGCCAUUUCUG